UGGCCCAGCAUGUCUGUCUCAGGCCCCCUCCCUCGCAGUGUGUCACAACCGCGGAGGCGGCCGUAUCUGGAGCAGUUGGGGUGGGCAGGCCCAGCUGGGAGGCGAGCGGGCGAAGAGAGCGGCCACGAUGGUGAGACUUCCCCGCCCGGGCUGGCCCCGGACGCGCGCAGAGGGAAUGCAUAUCGGUCCAUGUGGGUCAAGCCGGAGUUCAGAUUGGCAAUGCCUGCUGGGAGCUCUUCUGCUUGGAGCACGGCAUCCAGGCGGAUGGAACCUUUGGCACUCAGGCCAGCAAGAUCAACGAUGACGACUCCUUUACCACCUUCUUCAGUGAGACUGGCAACGGGAAACACGUGCCCCGGGCUGUCAUGGUGGACCUGGAGCCUACCGUAGUAGAUGAGGUGCGGGCAGGAACCUACCGCCAGCUCUUCCAUCCUGAGCAGCUGAUCACAGGCAAGGAGGAUGCAGCUAACAAUUACGCCCGCGGGCACUAUACGGUGGGCAAGGAGAGUAUCGAUCUGGUGCUGGACCGAAUCCGUAAACUGACUGAUGCCUGCUCCGGCUUGCAGGGCUUCCUCAUCUUCCACAGCUUUGGUGGGGGCACAGGAUCUGGCUUUACUUCUCUGCUGAUGGAGCGCCUUUCCCUAGACUAUGGCAAGAAGUCCAAGCUGGAAUUUGCCAUCUACCCAGCCCCCCAGGUCUCCACAGCAGUGGUGGAGCCUUACAACUCCAUCCUGACCACCCAUACCACCCUGGAACAUUCCGACUGUGCUUUCAUGGUGGAUAACGAAGCCAUCUACGACAUCUGCCGCAGGAACCUGGAUAUUGAACGCCCCACCUAUACCAACCUCAACCGCCUCAUCAGCCAGAUUGUGUCCUCCAUCACUGCCUCUCUCCGCUUUGAUGGCGCCCUCAAUGUGGACCUCACAGAGUUUCAGACCAACCUGGUACCCUACCCCCGAAUCCACUUCCCGCUGGUCACUUACGCCCCCAUCAUUUCUGCUGAGAAAGCCUACCACGAGCAGCUGUCUGUGGCAGAGAUAACUAGCUCCUGUUUCGAGCCCAACAGCCAGAUGGUGAAGUGUGACCCACGUCAUGGCAAAUACAUGGCCUGCUGCAUGCUCUACCGCGGUGAUGUGGUACCCAAGGACGUGAAUGUCGCCAUUGCUGCCAUCAAGACCAAGAGAACUAUUCAGUUUGUUGACUGGUGUCCCACAGGUUUCAAGGUGGGCAUCAACUACCAGCCACCUACUGUCGUGCCAGGAGGGGACCUGGCCAAAGUCCAGCGAGCCGUGUGCAUGCUGAGCAACACCACAGCAAUCGCAGAGGCCUGGGCCCGCCUUGACCAUAAGUUUGACCUCAUGUACGCCAAGCGGGCCUUUGUACAUUGGUAUGUUGGAGAGGGUAUGGAAGAAGGAGAGUUUUCUGAGGCCAGGGAGGACCUGGCUGCUCUGGAGAAGGAUUAUGAAGAAGUGGGGACUGAUUCGUUUGAAGAAGAGAAUGAGGGGGAGGAAUUUUAAAUAUACACUUGCCCCAUGACUAUGCCUCUUUCUUUGUGUUGGUUCCACUCACAGCAUGCUGGGUUCCUAGUGCUGCGUUCAGACACCCAGCUGCAGAUGCACAUGGUCUCUCCUGUUUUCUCCUCUUAGGAUGCUGGGCUCACUCUUCUGUGGGGAAAAGGAAACCACAGAAAGAGAAAGUGACAGGCAGGCCUCUCAGUCCCAGCCUACUUCCUGUCCUACAUAGACGGGCCCCUGACUCCAGCACCCAGGCAUUGUGACCAGACACAAGGACACUGAACAUACAGGGAACUCCCUCUGGAAUAGAAUAUUUCAUUACUGAAGGAUGAAAGUGAACAGGUCACGAACAUGGGGUUAAGAAACUUAAUUCUAGUUUAGACUGAGUUGCCCUAAGACAGAGCCUGCUGUUGGAAGAAUAGGACCACACCAGCAAAAACCCAGUCUGGGAAGAUGCUGCAGAGAGAUGGGAUGGACAGACGCUUGUGUGAUGGAUCCACAGCACAGCCCUGACCUCGUCUGGAUCGAUCACAUUCGUUCAUCAAGAGUUUGAGUAUCUCUAUCCCUUUCCCUCUCGGGUGUGUUCCAAGACCCUCACUAGAUGACGACCACCAAGAGUCCUGUCCCUGUACCUAUGUCUGUCUGUCUGUCUGUCUGUGUUUUUCUAUACUUACACACAUUAUGAAGUAUAAUUUAGACACCAGCACAGUGAGACAUUAGCAAUCACCAUCAACAGACUGUAAGAACUAAGACAAAAUUCUGUAAUAAAAGUUAUGCGAAGACCUGGGGUGUACAGUUCUGUGGUGAGCAAGUGCUUAGCACCUGUGACUGGGUUCAUUUUCUACCACUGUACUCAGAGGGACAGAGCAGCAGAUGUGUCUGCUUCCUCCUGUUUCCUCAUCGGUGGAUGUCAUAACUCACUCUUCUAUGGGAAAAGGAAACCAUAGAAAGAGAAAGUGAAAUGGAUGGUGUCUGAAGUCUACUCUCUGACCCAGGCACUGUUAGCAUCUGUUCCAAGGGUCAGAGAGUUAGAAACAUGACAAUUUUCUGCUUCCUAAAUACAUUUAAAAAAAAUAGUAAGGUCACUUUAGAUGGUGUUUAGAGAUGUCAGAAAGUAAUGACAGUAUCUCGAGUGUCACUGUGGAAGGAUGGAGUCCAGGACACAUGAAUCCAAGGAUACUGCGCAUGGGGAACAGCAAUAUGAAAACAGAAGGGGACACGUGUGUAUGUUCCGACUGCAGGAGAGGCAUUUGCUAGGAGGGUGGGAAGUCAGGUAGGCGCUGGAGUUUAUCUAGCCUCAGAGGAAAAACACCGUGGAUGCUUAGAUAUCUCUUAAGUGCAGCAUAAGCACUUGAAGGCUUGAGGAAGGCUUCCACGAUACCUAAUCUUUUAUCUACACCUUCUUCCAUGUCCUCAACAAUCUCAAGAUGGAGUUUUGGGUCAUUCUGUAUGGACACAAGGAUGGAGAGGUGACUGCUAGUGACAGCAAGGUAGAGUUCAGAUGGGUCCCAACACCAGCCCCCUCUCCACUGGUCCUGCUCUUGUGUUCCUCAUGAAAUAGCCCACAGGAGAAACAAGCCUGCCGUUUGCUCAGGAGAGGAUGGGAGGCACAGUGCAUCCCUGCUGCCGACCGUGCAGGACUGCAGAAGCAAUAGGAAGGAUGUUUCAUUUCCCGUGAGAGCUCCAGGGUUGAGCCUGUUAUAGUAUAGAUCCUUGUGAGUCCAAAGAGAACCUCUUCAGGUCUGUUUCCAGAAGGUUUCUUGUAGGAAGUAUUCUGGAAUUUUGGUUUCUUUAAAAAACCACAGAAUUAUUAUUAGAAUAUGUUUUCAUUUUAAACCCAGGUGUGAAGAUAUGGGGCUGCUUUGCAGCAGCUGACUAUGAUUUACCUCAUACUGUAACAGAGGCAUAGAUUUGCCAACCCCUGUUGUGUGAUAUUUGGAAUUCUGGAGCCUUUCAGAAGGUAUAUAAAUGCUAGGGCCCCCAAGAGAUGGGGUUGGUUGUGGUUUGUUAGUACUUGUGCGCAAAGAAGAAACGAGAAGCAAGAAGUUACUCUCUCUCUCUCUCUCCUUUAUCCUUUCCUAUCUAGUGAUAGGAGAUAAAGCCAGGGGGGAUAAAGGGUGGGAAAAAGAAGAACCCACAAAUUACCUAAGAGUAGCUAUGGUUCCCAGUCUAUUCCUUGGAAGCCCUGAGAUAAGUACAAUGUCAUUGUCCAAGGAAAGGAAACUUAGGCAAGAAGUGGUGCAAGCAGAGAGCCUGCUCUCUUGCCCUUCUGUGCAGGAGAUCAUGGUGGGAAAAAAAAAAAAAAAGAAAGAAAGGCAGGUCCAGGUCUGUGGAGAUUACCUGGCAAGAAGCGCAGCAUAGACCACGCCGACUCUCCAGUUUCCACAGCUGUCUGUACAGCUGUCUGUGGGAGGAGCUGUUAGAAAGGGGCAUCUUCUCUGUUGGCAGAAGUGAGAUAGAUUCACUGAUAGGCACCAACCCAAUGUGCAUUAGAUUUAAAAUAGGCACAAGUGGCGGUCUCAGCGAGGAUGCCUCAGAGGUGUGUGCAAAGGGAGUGGCGGGGGAGGGGUACAGGAGAGUUAUAAACAUCCUUAAGGGAGUUUUGGGUGAGGCUGUUUGUCCUUGUCCAUCUUUCCUGUUUGGGCUCUCGUCCUACGUGAUCUUGGGCCCUCCUAGGCCAGCUCCACUCUUCUGGUCUAGUUCAGGAGGUGGAAGAAGUGUGGAGUCUUAGAACUAGAGAUCUAUGCCAAGAAAGGUAACUGCCAUUCCCCAUGCUAUCAGCGUGUGAAUCUUAGCCUAUUACAGGUCAGCUUGAGGCUACUUAGGAAGGUAAAGCAGAGCUGGGAGAUGGCUCAGAGGUUAAGAGUGCUUUCUGUUCCUCCAGAGGACCUGAGUUUGGUUCCCAGUACCACAUGCAACAACUCACAGCCUGCAACUCUGGCUCCAGGGGAUCUGGCAUGCUCUUUUGGACCCAUACAUGUGUGAUAAUGCUCUCUCUCUCUCUCUCUCUCUCUCUCUCUCUCUCUCUCAUGCACACACACACACACACACACACACACACACACACACACACACACAGGACCACCACCACCACACCCACACCACACAUGCACACAUACUCAGAGGUAAAGCAGGCUCUGCAAAUGCCAGCUAAGUCCAGGAUUGGAAGGACAGCUAUGCAGUGACGUUUCGGGAAGUUUCUUGUUUAGCUCACUUGGGUCAUGACACCUCCGCUAGAGAUACCUUAAGAAAACUUAAUUCUCAAGAAAAAAUACUUUUAUUUUGUUGUAUUUUAUACCAGGACUUAGAAGAAUCCAUGACUAACACAAUAUCAGUGAAGUUCAUUUCUUCUCUAAUUUAUCAAAUGCAGUUCCAGGUUCCUCUGGACAAAAGUGUGGCUAUGUGUGCUUCCCUAACUCCACAUUGGCAGCUAUGUCUUGAAUUCUCAGCAAGAAAUACAGUCUUCCAGUUUAGGAGCCAGCAGCUUGGGUCCCACGGUGACUCUACCGAGGAAGAAGGUGGCACGUUUAUUUUCUCUGCACAUGCUGAUUCUGUUAGUAAUCGGACGAGUCCUUGUUUUGGUCAGGGUUCUCUAGAGGAACAGAAACUUAUAGAAUGGAUAUAUAAUAUGGGAUUUAUUAGAAUGGCUUACAGGCUGAGUGUGGUUCAGCUAGUCCAUCAGUGGCUGUCUAAAAAUCUUAAUUACUUAAGGUUCUUCUAUAAGAAAUUAAGCAGAGCAUGGUAGCCCCGUGCCUUUAGUCCCAGCCCUUGGGGUACAGGAGCAGGGGGAUCUCCAUAACUUCAAGGGCAGCCUGGUCUAGAGAGUGAGUUCUAAGCUAGCUAGAGCUUUAUAACAAUACACAAACACAUAUUAAAAGUAUAAACAUAGGUCAUGAUAUACAAUAGUGGGGAAAAAAAGCAAAACAGGAAGUCUAUUCUUUAUUUUAAAAAGUCUCCAGUAGACAUGACUAACAAAGAAAAGUAGAAGAUGUAAAUUACCAAUAUGGGGAACAAAAAGGAGAAGACCACAGACUUGCAGACAUAAGCAUAUGCAAUUAUAAGACACAGGAAGCUCUAAGCAACACUACACACAAACUGCACAUCCAUCUAAGCAGUGCCAGUUCCUUGGAAAGCAGGAACACCCCAACAUGCCAAUAUGCAGGAAGAACUCUGUGACUAGCAAAAAAAAAAAAUUGUGGUGGCACAUGCCUUUAAUCCCAGCACUUGGGAGGCAGAGGCAGGCAGAUUUCUGAGUUUGAGGCCAGCCUGGUCUACAGAGUGAGUUCCAGGACAGCCAGGACUACACAGAGAAACCCUGUCUUGAAAAACCAAAAACAAACAAAAAACAAAAAGAACAAACAAAAACAAACAAACAAAAAUUAACCUUUAAUUUGGUGUGUGUGUGUUGUGUGUGUGUGUGUAUGUGUGUGUGUGUUUUGCUGGCAUGUGUUUGUACCACAGAUGCCUGAUGUCCCCUCUGAUUGGAGUUAUAGAUGUUUGUGAGCCAGCAUGUGGAUGCUGGGAAUUGAACCUGGGUCCUCCAGAGGAGCAGCCAGUGCCCUUGAGCAAUGAGUCAUUCAGUUAUGAACUCUUAAUUUUUAAAAUGCCCCCCCCCCAAAAAAAAUUCUUCAGGCCCAGCUGAUCUCCCUGGAGAGUUCAACCACACAUUUUAAGAAUUAAUAUCAAGGGGGCUGGCGAGAUGGCUCAGAAGGUAAGAGCACUGACUGCUUCUCCGAAGGUCCUGAGUUCAAUUUCCAGCAACCACAUGGUGGCUCACAGCCACCCAUAAUGAGAUCUGAUGCCCUCUUCUGGUGCGUCUGAAGUCAGCUACAAUGUACUUAUGUAUAAUAAUAAAAAUAAAAUCUUAAAAAAAAAGAAUUAAUAUCAAUAGUACACUUCAAAAAGGCAGAAGAAAAAGGAACACUUCCUUACUCUUUUAAUGAGUGUAAAAAAUGUAAGAUUUUAUAACAUCAAAAUCAGAGACAAUAUAAAGAGGAAAUCUGCAGACCAGUAUCUCUGAUUUUCUGUCUAACUGUUGUGUUAAUCAUUGAGAUUUCUCCUGCCUAAAUGUCUGUCCUGCUGAGGUUUCAACUUCUUUCUUCUUCCUGGACCGAUCCUUUCAUCAUUACAUAAUAUCUUUUCCUUUUCCUUGCAAUGUUCACCACUCUGAAACCCACUGUUUAUGAUAUUAAUGUAGUCCAUGAUCCUCGUUUGCAUUUGAUGUUUGCGAGGUAAAUCACUUUCCAGUUUUACUAUCAACCCACCUGUGGGGAGUAUAUGAAAUCCUUAGCGAAUGCUGCUGUUGACCUGAGUGAUGCCAAAGCCUCAGACCCAAGGGAAGGACAACGCCUUCCCCAGGAUUGAGGACAGAUGUUGACAGUGUGUGCGAAGGGUACUGACCACAGCUUCCUGAACAGACCAUGGCUUCCUCUUCCAGGUUAGGAUCCUGCAGCUUGAGACCAUUCCCCUGCAGUGACCCUCCACCAAAGUUAGCUUGCCUGCGCCCUUCUUCCUGCUGUGUAAAACACAGCUCCCAGUUCCAGGCUGCUGCUACAUCUCCAUUGGAGGGCACAGCUCACCUGAUCCAAGAUCUUUUGUAUGCUUGUGUUUCUUCAUUCCUUGUCACUUCAAUUAGGUUAAGCCCAAGACUUGGGCCUUGGCACCCACCUGUAUUAUUGUCACAUUCCUGGGACCAAAAUACCCAGCAGAAACAGGUUAAAGGAAGAAAGAUCUGCUUUGGAGCCUGGUUCCAGAAGAUCUGAGCUCAUGACGGAGGUACUUCACACUGCAGUGGACCAGGAGACGGAACAAAUCUGUAGCCUGUGGUCAAGCUUCUGACCUAUGUCUGCUGGCGAGGCCCCUCCUCCUAAAGGUUCCAGAACAUGAGCUCAUGGAAGCUGUUUCAGAGUCAGACCAUAGCACAACCUGUAUUAUCAUGUAUGCAUCUGUAUUGCUUCUAACUCUUAAAAACAGCGAUGUGUCUUAAUUAUAAGAGCACUGGGUUUCAUUGUGACAGUUUGGAUAGGCAGAUAACAGCUCUCGUCAUUGCCCUUCUUUCUCCCUGUUUCCUGUCCACUCUCCAGUAGACUUUUGUGUCAUCUUUAUUGAUUUAUUUUUUUCUAGGUUGCAUGCAUGAGAGACGCCAGGUGAGAUUUAAUUUUGUGAGGAUGUCUUAUUUUGUUUAACAUGGUGAAUUCCAGUUCUGCCCAUUUUCCUGUAAAUGAUCUUUUCAUUCUUUGUUGCGGCUAAUACACCACUAUGUACAUAUA